AUGGAGUCGAAGGUACUGGGGAAAUAUAGUUUUUGCAAUGACGAGCAAAAGGUUGGCAAGCUGGGUUGUGUGCUGAGAGUGGCCUGUGAUCAAGAAGGUGAGAAAGUUUUAAUCAAGAGCGUGGACAAUGAAUUGUAUGACUAUGUCCGAGAGUUUGAACUCAUGAGGGAGUGCAAGCAUGAGAACGUCGUGAAAGUUCUCGACAUGGGCAAGGAAGAAGAUGGAGGUUACCUAGUUCUCGAGCACCUCUGGGAUAUCAGGGAGUUUAAUAAGGAUGAGCGACUGCGUUACAAGCUCUCCAAAGUGGGUUGGAUUAAGGAAACCAUGCGGCAGCUCCUAGUGGGUUUGGCAAGCUUGCAUGAGCGAGAAGUUGUGCAUCAGGACAUCCUACCCGAGUGUCUCAAAUUUGAGCUCAAUAGCAACAACUUUGUGGUGAAAUUGGGAGAUUUUGGCUGUGCGAGGAAGCUCUCAACUCCACCAACCGUACAUAUUGGAUCAUUGGGAUUCAGGGCUCCCGAAGUUAUCUCCAAAGAGAUUGAGAAGUUUGGGAAAGGUGUGGACAUGUGGGGUGCUGGAGUGGUGUUUGCAGUGCUACUCUUGGGAAAGAAGCCUUUUGGUGGUUAUAGAAAUUACAAUUUGAGUUGGGAGGAAGACGAGGCAAAGGUGAUGGACAAGAUGAAGAAGUUACCUGAGAAGGAUUGGUCUAUGAAAAUUGAAGAUAACGAUGCAGUGAACUUGUUACAGGGUUUGCUCGCUUGGGAUCCAGAUAAAAGGCUUACAGCGGCACAAGCUUUAAAAUCAAUGUAUUUUAGAGUGAAACCACAAGAUAUUGAGGAGGAAAAAGAGGUGGUAGUUCCUAUGGUCAAAGAAGAAAAAGUCAUAGCGAGUACUAGUAUUUUCCAGAAGUUUAUCAUAGGUUUCAUCAUAUAUAUUAUUUUAGGAGACCUUUGCAUACUAUAUAGACAUUGUUGA